UAGGAAACUCUGAGCUUUGAAAACACCCGCUCCGGCAAGCACUUGCCUUUGCCCUGUGAAGAGCGGGAGCAGGAACCUGGCCCCGGGAGCCGCGGGGUGGCCGGCGGGCUCUGGCCGGGAGUUAAAAGCAUCUCGGAGAGUUGGUGUUCGCUCAGUGGGCGGCCUCCGGGUCCCGCCACUAAAUUUGCCAACGCCUUUGGAUAAAAAUGAUCUGCCGCGGAUGUUGGAUUUCUUCAUAAUGAAGGAUUUUUAAAUUUUAUAAAACUUACUCUUCAAAAGCCCAGUUUAUAGAAAAGCGUGGCGUUUCUCUCUAGAACCGCUGGGUGGCGCUAGUGCGAACCGAAUAAUUUUCCAGAACUCAGGGCCAAGAACCUGUUUCUCUUCAUUGUCCCCUUGGUGGCAUGUUCACGGGGUUUGUUUUACAUUGUGCACAAAAGCAUUGCAAGGAAAAUCAGGUACAGGCAGGGCCGCUACCUAUUAAAGUACUUUUCUAGAAACAGCUGCCGAUUUCCUCCAAAAGUUUAAUUACCGUUAUUGAGAGAAAGCUCUUUCUGAGAAAGCCUCCUGCGAUCUUGGAGAGAGGGCUAAAAAAUAAACCCCAAAGUAAAAACUACUUUAAGAUCUGUACAGUAAAGUACAGAAUCUGAAAAUACCUUCAUGUCAAUUGAGUUAUUCGUCGUUGUAUUUAUUUGGGAAGCAUACCUUUUUGGGUCUAUCCACCUCUUAUGUUUUCAGGUGGGGUUACAUUUGCUGAUGAACAUACAUUUAAGGACAUCAAUAUUGUCUGUUAGAUUACCAGAUAAGCAGUUAUAUGUCAGGGUUCUGUAUUUCCUAACAGCCUAGCUAGUCUCUGGAUUGCUUAGGGUGAGGAUUCCACUUGCUGGUGAUUUGAAUAGGAGCUCAGGCCACUUCCAGGGGUUUAAUUUUGACACAGUCUUCUCGGCCCACCAGAGAAGAUCAGAUCCCUACGGAAAGAGCUUUCUUACAUCUCAAAGCCCAGAAUUAGGAAGCAGAAUAGCACUGAGAGAAAGUAAGUAGAGUUUGGCUUGGGAAUUUGAAAUUAUUCCAAACUACCCAUGUAGUUUCCAAGGCUAGGCUUUGGUAGAAGGGGCAGCUAUCAGUUGUGUGUGUGUGUGUGUGUGUGUGUGUGUGCGCAACCAUUUUUUUCAGUUGUCAGAGGACUGCAAACAGGUAACAGAAUUCACGCAGGUUUUUUUUUAAUAGCUUGCAGAGCUGUGUGUGUAGUCACGUUAAAGAUAAAUGUAUGCUCCACGUUGUUCUGUUGUACACGUUAUUUUCAAUUUAUUUUUUUUUCUCGGGGUUUUAUUUAGCUGGUGUGUUUUCUUCUUUUAAAAUAUUGCCAUUGUCACAAGUAGGUGGAAAGCGUUACCUCUAAAUAAAAUGACAGAAAGCCAUCUUUUGGCACCAACUUUUAAGACAAAGCCAGUUGUGGGGAGAUGAGUAAUUGGGAUGGGGGAUUCUUAUGGGUAUAUAGGCGAUUUACUCUAUGGGUGAGAGUUUAACAGCAGCCAACACAAUGCCUACUGCUCUGCGGCCAGAGGCGCCUGCCAGACCUCAGCAGGGUGGUAGCCUAACUGGUGCCAAGCUGAUCACCCAGCAGGCCUGUGUGGAACCUAUAUCACCUUAGCGGUGAAGUGAAGAAGCAGAGGCUCAGACUUAAAUUCUCUUUUCCGUGUUUCAAAAUGGAUUUGGCCCAAAGGCAGUUUGUCCAGGCUGGUCUGGGGUGAAUACUUGGGUACAGCCUACCGUGGAUGAAACCGAAGGGGGACCCCUAGAUCCAGGCAUGUAAAGCGAUUAUGCAUCUUCCCGGGGACAUAUUUUCUGUGAAUGCUAAUCUUUCCUGCCUGCAGCGCUAGGAUGUCCCCCCUGCCGAGUAAGCCUUCUUUGCUUGGCCAGGGAAGGGCGCCCAACAGUUUGCCCUGGCUGGGGAGUUCCUGAGCUAAUGUUGUUCGCUCGCCCUGGGGCUUGCCGCUGGCCAGCCAAACUCCUGGACGCACUACUAACCCCGCCCUUCGGGGCCUCUUCACUCGCUGUCUCCGCUCCAGGCCUACUCCUCUGUCCCUGUCAGCAACAUGAACUCCGGCCUGGGCUCCAUGAACUCCAUGAAUACCUACAUGACCAUGAACACCAUGACCACGAGCGGCAACAUGACACCGGCUUCCUUCAACAUGUCCUACGCCAACCCGGGCCUAGGAGCCGGCUUGAGUCCCGGUGCUGUGGCCGGCAUGCCCGGGGGCUCUGCAGGCGCCAUGAACAGCAUGACGGCGGCAGGCGUCACGGCCAUGGGUGCAGCGCUGAGCCCGGGAGGCAUGGGCUCCAUGGGCGCGCAGCCCGCGGCCUCUAUGAACGGCCUGGGCCCCUACGCGGCCGCCAUGAACCCCUGCAUGAGCCCUAUGGCGUACGCGCCGUCCAACCUAGGCCGCAGCCGGGCCGGGGGCGGUGGCGACGCCAAGACGUUCAAGCGCAGCUACCCACACGCCAAGCCGCCCUACUCCUACAUCUCGCUCAUCACCAUGGCCAUCCAGCAGGCGCCCAGCAAGAUGCUCACGCUGAGUGAGAUCUACCAGUGGAUCAUGGACCUCUUCCCCUAUUACCGUCAAAACCAGCAGCGCUGGCAGAACUCCAUCCGCCACUCGCUGUCUUUCAACGACUGUUUCGUCAAGGUGGCACGGUCCCCGGACAAGCCGGGCAAGGGCUCCUACUGGACGCUGCACCCGGACUCCGGCAACAUGUUCGAGAACGGCUGCUAUUUGCGCCGUCAGAAGCGCUUCAAGUGUGAGAAGCAGCCGGGGGCCGCAGGCGGGAGCGGGGGAGGCGGCUCGAAGGGUGGCCCCGAAAGCCGUAAGGACCCCUCCGGCGCAGGUAACCCCGCCGAGUCGCCCCUUCACCGGGGUGUGCACGGAAAGGCUGGUCAGCUAGAGGGCGCGCCGGCCCCCGGGCCCGCCGCCAGCCCCCAGACUCUGGACCACAGCGGGGCCACGGCGACAGGGGGCGCUUCGGAGUUGAAGUCCCCAGCCUCUUCCUCGGCGCCCCCCAUAAGCUCUGGGCCAGGGGCGCUGGCAUCUGUACCCCCCUCUCACCCGGCGCACGGCCUGGCACCCCACGAAUCGCAGCUGCACCUGAAAGGGGACCCCCACUACUCCUUUAACCACCCGUUCUCCAUCAACAACCUCAUGUCCUCUUCGGAGCAGCAGCACAAGCUGGACUUCAAGGCCUAUGAGCAGGCACUGCAGUACUCUCCCUAUGGUGCCACCUUGCCCGCCAGUCUGCCCCUUGGCAGCGCCUCAGUGGCCGCAAGGAGCCCCAUCGAGCCCUCAGCACUGGAGCCGGCCUACUACCAAGAUGAGAGAAGGGGUGCCGCGUAGCACUUGAGAAAAAUCCAGAAAUCCCUGCUCUGCUUUCUGCGAGUAAUGAAAGGAGGAGGGAAGAGAAAUUGCUGGCGUGAGUAAUUUCAAAACUUAAUUCGAAGUCCGCUGAAGGACUAACAAGCAUACCCCAAAGACGAAAGGGCUUUCGAUCUCAACAUAUAACGGAUAAACAAACGCGGGCACAUUCAAACUCUUAAGUAAAAUAAACGUGUCAUCCUCGGCCUGUGCAUUUCUCAUGCGGCCCUGAAAGGAGGUUUGAUUUUUAUGCAAUCUCUUCCUCCUCCAGCUUUGUGGAGGCCUUAGUUCUUGCUCCUUGACUCUCCGCACAGGGUUUUCUGGGUUUGCGGGAACCGGGUGUCUGUGGUCCAGGCCUCUUCAGUGACGGGGGAUGCGGGAAGCGAGAACCACAGCUCUGUCUUAGCUCACAGGCUCCUGCGCGCCUUGCUCGGGUCCGGUGGGUUUCUCGCCCGGUUCUGCGACUAUGCUCUCUGCCACCUCGGGACGACGCGCGCCUCUAGACGCAGGCGGACUGGGGGCCCAGGACAGAUGGUUGCUGGGGAAGAGGGGGCAGAGCGAACCGCGCAAGCAUCCCGAGGUGACAAAUGCAGUUAGUUCUUCAUUGUUUGGGCAUUUUCCCCUCCUAGCGAAUAAAUCUUCUGUUGAGCCACAGACCUAAAAGUCAACAAAGGAGGCCGGGCGCCGGGUCUCUGGCCCACCCCGCGGCCAGCCUGGCCGAGCCGCUCCCGCUGCGUAAUCCCUUCCUCGGAAACCCGGACACACAAACGCGGGAUCGCCGACCAGGGCGCAGCACUGGGGCCAGGAAGAAAACAUCUGUGCUUCCAAGGGCGCGCAGGGACCCUCCCGAGAGCACCGCCUGCAAGCGACCCCGACAGCCUCCACCUCCGCCUCUGUCUGGCUUUGGUCCCCGGGACCCUGAUUUCUCCACCGACGCUCCCAUGGCCAGAAAGGGGACGUACAGGCUGCAGUCCACUCCCAAAGAUGAGAUUUUAGGAAUUUUGCUUGUAGUGGGGGAGGGGCCGGAAGCGAGGGCAGCAAAGAGGGGAAAAGCUUCCAACUGACCCAAGUGGAAAGCUCCAGGGGCCCUCUGAUCCCUCUACCACGCCGCGGAGCAAACAGUCACACAGAAAAGCGUUUGGGGGGGGAGAGCGCACAGCGCCGAUGAUUACUUUUCACCUUGUGUUUGGAAGCUCAACUCUGAAACCUUUUUAAACACGAUUCAAAACAAAAAAAAAAAAAACAAAAAACAAAAAAAACCCCAAAAAACCCAAAAGCAAAACAGAACAGAACAAAACAAAAAGAGCACAGGAUAAAUAAUGACGGUCUAUUUAAGAAAACUAAAUAACUCCGAAGCGUUCCCAAGCAGACGACAGUUCAAGCCGAUUUCUGAGAGAUCGGCUGAGACCACUUUAAAUUUCAAAGAUAAAAUUCAGUUUCUGUUGUCCCUUCGUGGCUCUCCGCCCUGCAGAAUAGACGAACGGGAAAUAAUAAGCGAUGAAACAAACACAAGCUAGUGAAGUUCUUAAUUUAUGCUUUCUUUUUUCAGAAGGCGGAUUUUAUCGAAACUGCUAAGCAUUUUUUCUUGAGUUUACCGUUUUGAAUGCGCCACUACAGGAGAGCAUUCUAAGUAUGAUAAAAUUAUAAAAUUCUCUUGUUUUGUCAUUUAAAAUAUUGAUCUCAGUUCCAUGAAAAUGCUUAUUAA